UUCCUGUGGAAAGGCGGGCGGGCUCGGCUGCAAACCCCACUAGCCAGUGUCAGCCUCUCGGCGGGAGGAGGUGGCGGCGGAGGAGGAGCAGGGGGAGGGCUGUCAAAUUCGGGAGCCAGAUUUUUUUCCCUUCCCCUGGCAAUUCCUUCCGCUUCCCCGGCUCCCGGCGUGACAUCUGCGGGCCGGGGACCUGCAUGUGUGUGCGCGCGAAGGAGCGGAAGAAUGGCAGUGCUCAAACUCACCGACCAGCCACCAUUGGUCCAGGCAAUCUUCAGCGGUGAUCCAGAGGAGAUCCGGAUGCUCAUCCAUAAAACUGAAGAUGUGAAUACUCUGGAUUCUGAGAAACGAACCCCUCUUCAUGUGGCCGCAUUUCUGGGAGAUGCAGAGAUCAUUGAACUCCUGAUUUUGUCAGGAGCUCGUGUAAAUGCCAAGGACAACAUGUGGCUGACUCCACUGCACCGGGCUGUUGCUUCCAGAAGCGAAGAAGCAGUACAGGUUUUGAUUAAGCACUCAGCUGAUGUCAAUGCAAGGGACAAGAACUGGCAGACCCCUCUUCAUGUGGCAGCAGCCAACAAGGCUGUCAAAUGUGCAGAAGUGAUCAUUCCCCUGCUGAGCAGUGUCAAUGUCUCCGACCGAGGGGGGCGCACAGCCUUGCACCAUGCGGCUUUGAACGGCCACGUGGAGAUGGUCAAUUUACUCUUGGCCAAAGGGGCAAAUAUCAAUGCAUUUGACAAGAAGGACCGGCGUGCUCUGCACUGGGCAGCAUACAUGGGCCACCUGGAUGUUGUAGCAUUGCUCAUUAACCAUGGCGCAGAAGUGACCUGUAAGGAUAAGAAGGGUUAUACCCCUCUGCAUGCUGCGGCCUCCAAUGGACAGAUCAAUGUUGUCAAGCAUCUCCUGAACCUGGGGGUGGAGAUUGAUGAAAUCAAUGUCUAUGGCAAUACAGCGCUUCACAUCGCCUGCUACAAUGGACAGGAUGCUGUGGUUAACGAGUUGAUUGACUACGGUGCUAACGUGAACCAGCCAAACAAUAAUGGGUUCACCCCUUUGCAUUUUGCUGCUGCCUCCACUCAUGGUGCUUUGUGUCUUGAAUUGUUAGUAAACAACGGGGCAGAUGUUAACAUUCAGAGUAAAGAUGGCAAAAGUCCCCUGCACAUGACAGCUGUCCAUGGAAGGUUCACACGGUCACAGACCCUCAUUCAGAAUGGAGGUGAAAUUGACUGUGUGGAUAAGGAUGGCAACACUCCUCUCCAUGUGGCUGCAAGAUACGGUCAUGAGCUUUUGAUUAACACCUUAAUAACCAGCGGAGCUGACACAGCCAAGUGUGGAAUCCAUAGCAUGUUCCCUUUACAUUUAGCUGCCCUAAAUGCUCACUCUGACUGCUGCAGAAAGUUGUUAUCAUCAGGACAAAAGUAUAGCAUAGUAUCCUUGUUUAGUAAUGAGCACGUGCUGUCUGCAGGCUUUGAAAUAGACACCCCAGAUAAAUUUGGAAGAACGUGCCUUCAUGCUGCUGCUGCAGGAGGUAAUGUGGAAUGUAUAAAACUCUUGCAAAGCAGCGGAGCAGAUUUCCAUAAAAAGGACAAGUGUGGGAGGACCCCUUUGCACUAUGCAGCUGCGAAUUGUCAUUUCCACUGUAUUGAGACAUUAGUGACCACAGGGGCCAACGUUAAUGAAACAGAUGACUGGGGACGCACAGCUUUGCAUUAUGCCGCUGCAUCAGACAUGGAUAGAAAUAAGACUAUCUUAGGAAAUGCCCAUGAAAAUUCAGAAGAACUUGAAAGAGCCAGGGAGCUGAAGGAAAAGGAAGCCACACUAUGUCUAGAGUUUCUGCUUCAAAAUGAUGCAAAUCCGUCUAUCCGGGACAAGGAAGGUUACAAUAGCAUACAUUAUGCUGCUGCCUAUGGGCACAGGCAAUGUCUGGAAUUGCUUUUGGAAAGAACAAACAGUGGGUUUGAAGAAUCAGAUUCUGGUGCUACUAAGAGUCCACUCCACUUAGCUGAUGUUCGAGCACAAACUGAUGAGAGCAAGAUGAGCACAUGCAGAGCUGCAGCUGCGACCUUCUGCCUGCACUUGAAAUCAGGGUCUCCAAGGAAGUCUGAGGCUCUGAUUCUUGUACUGGAUGAGAUCUGGGAGGCCUACAAUGGGCACCAUCAAGCCUUGGAAGUCCUUCUGCAGUCGCUGGUGGACCUGGACAUCAGGGAUGAGAAAGGCCGCACUGCUCUGGAUCUGGCUGCCUUUAAAGGACACACAGAAUGUGUGGAAGCACUUAUCAAUCAGGGCGCGUCCAUCUUUGUGAAAGACAAUGUAACCAAAAGAACCCCACUUCAUGCCUCAGUAAUUAAUGGUCACACACUGUGUUUACGGCUGUUGCUGGAAAUUGCAGACAACCCGGAGGCGGUCGAUGUGAAAGAUGCCAAAGGACAAACACCACUGAUGCUUGCAGUAGCAUAUGGACAUAUUGAUGCUGUUUCGUUGUUACUUGAAAAGGAAGCCAACGUAGACACUGUUGACAUCCUAGGAUGCACAGCUUUACACAGAGGGAUUAUGACAGGACACGAGGAAUGUGUGCAAAUGCUGCUGGAACAAGAAGUGUCAAUUCUCUGUAAAGAUUCCAGAGGGAGGACGCCCUUGCACUAUGCAGCUGCUCGUGGCCACGCCACGUGGCUGAGCGAGCUGCUCCAAAUGGCUCUUUCUGAGGAGGACUGUUGUUUCAAAGAUAACCAAGGCUACACGCCGCUGCACUGGGCUUGUUACAAUGGUAAUGAAAACUGUAUAGAAGUACUUUUGGAGCAAAAAUGUUUUCGUAAAUUUAUCGGUAAUCCCUUUACUCCACUGCACUGUGCAAUAAUCAAUGAUCAUGGGAAUUGUGCAUCAUUGCUGCUUGGGGCCAUAGAUUCCAGUAUCGUCAGUUGUAGAGAUGACAAAGGCAGGACACCCCUUCAUGCGGCAGCGUUUGCUGAUCAUGUGGAGUGCUUGCAGCUUCUUCUGAGUCACAGUGCUCCAGUGAACGCAGUAGACAAUUCAGGGAAAACAGCACUGAUGAUGGCUGCUGAGAACGGGCAGGCAGGCGCUGUGGAUAUUUUGGUGAACAGUGCCCAGGCUGAUCUGACUGUAAAGGAUAAGGACUUGAAUACAUCCUUACAUUUGGCUUGUAGUAAAGGUCAUGAAAAAUGUGCCUUGUUAAUACUUGACAAGAUACAAGACGAGAGCCUUAUUAAUGCAAAAAAUAAUGCACUGCAGACACCCCUCCACGUUGCUGCACGUAAUGGCUUGAAGGUGGUAGUUGAGGAGUUGCUGGCCAAAGGGGCCUGUGUACUUGCUGUAGAUGAAAAUGGUGUUGGGAUUAGCAGCUCAUGCCUGUUUCUCAGAAGUCAUACCCCGGCCCUGGCUUGCGCUCCUAACAAAGACGUGGCUGACUGCCUGGCCCUCAUUUUGGCUACCAUGAUGCCUUUUUCUCCUUCCAGUACAAUGACGGCUGUCAACUUCGUUUGUUUAAAAAAAGACAAUUUGAGCAGGACGACCCUCUCCAAUCUGGGUAGCAUGGUUAGCCUGUGCAGUAACAACGUAGGCUCGGAGGAUGGGUACAAUGAAAAUGAUUCUGAUUCGGAAACGUUUUGACUUUGGACUGUAGAAGCUUUCCUUUGAUCACCUGUGUUGGAGGAAAGGAAAGAAGCUUGAAUUCCAGGUUUAUGUGUGUUCAAGUAUUAUUUGGGGCCUGGGCUUCCAGAAGCUAGUAGAGAAGGAAUUAAUCGAGGGCGGGCAGUGAGGCUGUUGGGUGGAACACUCACACAGAUGGCCCCAGUUUUGUUUUGUUUCACAUCUUCUUUAAGAUACUUCUAUGGAAGUCUACCUCUCAUUUUAAGUAAAGAAUAAAAGAUGUAUUUAAUUCCUGUUCUUUGGGGAUAAUGCAACAGAGAGGCAGCUGUUCGCUAUGAAUAAUUUUUCUUUUCAUGUAUUUAGCAGUGAAUUCUCAGAAGUAUAUCAGUGUGACAUUCAUGUCCCCUGGGAGGGAAGGGAAGAGGCAGAUAGGAAAUGCCUCAAACCUCUUCUCACUUUGAUGUUUACUUCCUCACUAGAAGCCAAAGGUAAAGGUGUUCAUCUUUAGAAAUAAUGCCUGUAAUAAUCUUUUUAGAGAGUCCAACUAUUUAUAUCCUCUCUAUAGUAAGCAUUUAAAUAUCCAGAACUUCUUUCUGAGGAUCUCUGUUAAAGUUGCCAGAUGAAUUGAAAAAUUGAACUUGCGUUUUUUGUUUAACACAGUGUUCUCUAUAACAAGCCUGUGACUAAUUUUCACUUAAGUGAUUGAACCCAAAUUUAUCUAAUAACAUUUCAGGUGAAAAUUACAUUGCACCAAAACUUUGACACAAUAUGCAAAAUUAAUAUGAAACUACCCUUUGUUAAUUUACUCUUAAAUCAAAAUACUAACUUUUAAAAACCAUGAGAAUCAUCAGCAUUGUUCAUCAGUAGUAAAAUGAACUUCCAAGUCAAGGCCAUGCCAAGUGAGUGAAAAGUGUGACUGCAAAAAGGAACAAAAAAAGUGAAAGCAGAAAGUAGAAGUGGGUGAUUUAGCAAGUAAAGACGAUUGCCAGUUGCUUGAUGAUGAAAUCAACAUAGUGAAUACUGUGUCUGCUCCCUCUGCCAAAGCUUCUAGGUCAAACGGACCCCGUUCCACACCUGGAACCGCUGUACAAAAAGAAGAAUGAGACUCUUUAAAAAUUAUGCACAUACACACGCACACAUAUAUGUGUGCGUGUGUAUAUAUGUGUGUGUGUGUGUAGUUCAUCAGCCAGCUACACAUGAGGACCAAAAUGCUUCAGUCUAAAAUGGAAGAUAUACAUUUUUUUCCUUCAAAAUGCAAGUGAGAACUGAAGUAGCUUUUUUAUGGAGUUAAAAUGUAAUCUUUUUGUGUACCAGUCUUUGUUGUAUUUUAUAUUUCUUAUGACACAGAUUUCUAGUUGACCACUUAACAUUUGUAGCUGAUGAUGUAUUGACCAUGUUUUUUUUUGCCAAACUAGAGAAAAUGUCCAUAUACUUUUGAUGUAAAUGUGUUUAUAUUUAUUUGAAAUGAAGCAAUUAGUGAGGAACCAUCCAUUAUUUGUUCUCUAUUUUAAUUGCUAUGUAUCUUAUUUAGAAUAACAAAAACAGUGAAAAAACACACUUGACCCUGGGCUAGCCAAAAGCCCAAGGGCCACACCCAGCAUUUCCACUGCUAGGGUUUCCAGCUGACCCUCAGGUUCUUCCGCGCUGGUUAGAGAGGGCUACGCAUCUUCUAUUGCUCAGCCACAGUCCGUAAAGCUUAGAGCUUAGAAGACAUUGCAGUCUGGAUGCUCUUCUGCGAGAUGAAAACUCAAAUGUGUAGUGGAUCAUAUACACAAAGGCAGCCCAAAGAAAUAUCUAGAAAUUACCCUAAGUACACUGAAAAGCUCACAUAGUCUCAGUAACCUGAUGGGAAAUGAUGGCAGUAUGUGGGCACAUGUGCUAAAAGGAGAAAUAAAAAUCACCAGCUCAAGUGCUAUUUUCUACUUGAGGACGAGACAGAAAAGAAAUGUGUCGAAUUGGAGAAGUACUCUCUCACAUUUUAUAAUGAGUUCCAUUUCCACCCUGGAAAUUGUAUUUUAUAGUGUAUGUGAGAUAUUUUUAAAAUAAUGUUCUAUCAUAUCUGGAUCAAAGACAGAUAACUGUAUUAUAUUUUUCAUCUAACUGUAAAACUUUAAUCUUAUUCUUCAUAUCCUGGAUUUGAUUAAAACUCCUGUUGGGUUCUUCACAAAUGAGAGCUUGCUCAGAGGACUGAUUGAACUGGUAUUAAUUUCCCUGAAAAUUUCCCACACCACCACCGUUUUUUGAAUUCUUGGCGUUGUGCUUCCCACCUUCUGUCCUUUUCGUUUGUUUAGAGAAGAUGAAUUUUUAAAAAGCAGAUAAAUUGCUAAUGAGCAAUAAUGACCUUCUCUUUACCAAAACACUGAAAAUUAAGAGAGAUUCAAUGUUGAAGAAGCACAAUAUACUGCGGUGUCUUUUUCUAGAAGUGAAUGGAAAUCUUGCUCAGUUGGCAUUUCAAGCAGGAAAUGAAAUGCUUGCUUUAAUGGCAAAGCAGCGUUAACAUUUUUCCUGUUGUGUAGCAGAGAGUACAAGAAUCAUUUCAGCAAAGCAGUGACUCACCAUGAGACGUUAUCUCCAUGGAGCUGCGUUUUGACUUUUCCCCACUCUCUUACUCAUAGAAGGAGGACAAAGGAACGAAAUGAAAUCAUGCUCACAAUGAACUGUUCAUUACAUCAACUGAUAUCUCUCUCUCUCUCCCCCUCUUUCUCCCAUACCCCAAGGCUAAAUUUUUUUUAAAGAAAUGACUUUAAAAACUAUCAUUUCUGUAUUUUAAUUACAUCCCUUAGAAAUAAAAUUAUGUUUGCACCGUAGCUUUCUAAGGGGAAAAAAAAUGUGUUUUUAACUGAGUCUUAGUUGCUUAGUGCUUUUACUGAAGUGUGUUAUUUUUAGACUGUAUUUUAACCACAGCCACAAGGAUCAUGUUUCAUUGCACUUACUUAUUUGCCAGUGUCUGCCUGUCUUUGGUAAAUGCAUUACUAUCUCCAAAUUGCCUAAAAUCUGCUAUGAUUCUACAGUAAAUAGCUCAGGGUAUUUCUAUUUAUCACUACUAAAAGGGCACCAUAGUAUGUUUUGGUACUUUAGGCAGUAAACACUGCUUGGUUUAUCAUUUUGUUAUUACAUUACAACAAGAACAUCAAAUGGAUUUGCUGCACUAGUUAUUCUUUGUACUGUUGAGCAACUUGGUGUGCUUAUAUGUUGUGUUGGUUGAAAAACUCAUCCCUUUUUUUGUCUUGUAAUAUGAAGUUAGAGUGCCUUUUUAUAUUUGUAUAUUCUGGAAAUGUUCCGUGGAAUGUUUUGUAUUUUUUCAUUUGAGUGUUUUCAGAGCAAUAUGAUACCAGUGAGUUUUCAUUUCAACCUUUCUUUGAAUGUAUAAAGUGUCUUUUUUCCUAUUUCCCCUUGUACUUGCAUUGAAAUGAAUAUGAAAAUGCUAAAGUUUUCUAUAGGAAUUGUUUGAUUUUGCAGUGCUAAAAUGCUUUCUUCUUACAAAACUGUAAACCAUAGGUCAGUAUUAUAGGAGAAAAGCAUUUUAAGAUAGUGACAAUCUGAGUGUUUGUAUAAAAUGUAAUUCUAUGCGUUUCUUAUGUGAUCUAAAAAUUCAAUGCAAAUAUCUUUUAUUUGGUAGUUUUGUCUACAUAUUUUAUGCUCUAGCAUGUGCAAUAUAUCUUUGUAAAGCACGAUGAUACAAAUCUGGUGCCAGUGUUAUAUUUUGCAUAACAUAUUUGUAACAGCAUAAAAUAUUGUUUGAUGAUUUCAGUGGGAUUUUGUCUAUGAUGUUUUCUUAUGUAAAUUGGAGUUGAAUGACUGGUAAAUGUCAUGACUGUAAAAAUGGGGAAAAUGACUUUUAGUUCAGUGAAUGACUUUGAACCAAUCUGAAUCUUCUCAAGCACAGUUUAAUACUUUUGCAACUACUGAAUGCUCUAAUAACAUAACGAAGUACUUAACUGUAAUAUACUAUGGAAAUGCAUUCAGAUGGUUAUUUUUACAAAUAAAAACGGUACACAUAUUGUUG